UUUUAAAAUAUUUUUCUAAAUUGGGGUUAUUAUGUGCUCCGUGUUAACACGCUAGAAGGCCAGGUUAAAUCACCAUGCCAACGGCACCGUCUGUUACCCCAGCAACGGCGGCGGAGGCCCCCUCGCGAGCGGCUGCGCUGGUGGCGCACUUUUACUCGCUCGAGACGCACUUUAUGCCCGCGUACGUUUGAUUUCCGCGCGCGCACCGACCUGCUUUGCGGUGUCCCAGAUUUUGACAGUGAUUUGCCGUCAUCGAUAAGCCCCGCUUCAGGCGCCCGUACAGCAGUGCUCCAUCGCUGCGGGUUAUUCACACAUCCGUGUUGGCGUGGGACCGAGAAGUGGAGCAAAGGUUGGUGUCCCUUUCUGAUCCGGAGACAUUGUCAGGUGAAAUGUGGAUGAGUACAUUCUCGCGUUUUGCCCGGCCCUCCCUGCAGUGGAGCACCUCCGCAGUGGCCUGCCGGGCUCUGAGGGCUUGUCGUAGUCCAGGACGGGCUGCGGGUCCACUGUGCUGUGGCCCGACUUCAACGCAGCUGCGCGGACAGCAGACACUGGGGUCGGCCUGCGUGCCGUUGGCUCAACACUCCGUGAGGAGCGUCCGGGCCCUGGACGAGGAGCGGAUGAUGGAGGUGGAGUGGGAGAGUGGAGGCCUCAGUCUGUACCCGUUCACCUGGCUGAGGGACAACUGCCAGUGCCCGCUGUGCACCCUGGACUCUGCUCAGGCUCGGAAACUGUUGAUGUCGGAUCUCGACGUCCACACAGGAGUCGACGCCGUGGAGGUCACCAACGACAACAAGGUGUCCGUUCUGUGGCCCGACCGCCACAUCAGCGCGUUCGACGCAGACUGGCUGAAGAAACGCUGCUUCUCCACCGCGGCCAGACAAGCAUUGAGAGAAGAGCUUUUCCUCAACGAGCGCCACUACUGGGACUCGGAGCUGCGCGUCCCCACGGCCGACUACCAGGAAGUCCUCCGCGACGACCAGGCCGCGCUGGACUGGCUGCUGGCCCUGCGGCGCGUGGGCGUGGUCCACCUGACGGGGGCCGCCGCCGAGCGGGGCGCCGUGGCCCGACUCGCCGAGAGGGUCGGCUACCUCCGGCUCACGUUCUACGGGCACACGUGGCAGGUCCAGGACAAGCCCAUGGCUAACAACGUAGCCUACACCUCAGGGAAGCUCAGCCUCCACACGGACUACCCGGCCAUGCACUUCGCACCUGGAGUGCAGUUCCUGCACUGCGUCAGCGCGGCUGAGGAGGGGGGGGAGAGCGAGAUGGUGGACGGCUUCCACAUGGCCGAGCUGCUGCGGAGAGAAGACCCCGAGGCCUUCAGGACGCUCUGCUCGGUCCACGUGGACUUCACCGACACGGGGACGGACUACUGCGACUUCAUGCUGCAGUCCAAGAAGAGCAUCAUCGAAGUUGAUGCCGAGGGCCGAGUUGUGAGGAUCAACUACAACAACGCCACCAGAGACUCUGUGCUGGACCUCCCCGUGCAGCAGGUGCAGCCCUUCUACCGAUCCAUCCGGGCCUACGUGGACGUCAUGAACCGCCGGGAGAACGUGGUGACCUACAAAAUGACCCCAGGCGACGUGCUGACCUUCGAUAACUGGCGCCUGCUGCACGGCAGGAGGAAAUACAGGAGCCGGCCCGGCAGGACGCGGCACCUGGAGGGCGCCUACCUGGACUGGGACGAGGUGAUGUCCCGCCUGCGGAUACUGCGCAGCGCAGUGCAGGGGAACGCCUGAGCUCAGCGCCGCCGACCCAUCGGACCGCGGGGUCAGGCGCCAAUUCUGACUCGCGUAUCGAGUCAUUUGAUGAAUUACGAUGAUUUUUGGCUUCACGGGAAUAAGAAAGUUUAAAAGGUGACAGCAGCCUUUCAAUCAUGUAGCGAUGCAACGAUUCAAUGCAAAGUUGAGAAACGCCGUAACGUGCUUUUGGGUUCAGUCGUGGUGACAAAUUAGUUUUAUAAACUUUAAGGUUGUUUACAUUUUCCUGAGAGUGCCACAUUGAUAUAAAGAUAUUGUACAAUUUAUAUAUAUUUUUGAAUAAAUUCAUCACUCCCAA